CCACUGCCACGGUUAUUGCUUAACAUCUCUACAGGAAUUAAGACCAUCAGCUUUGCUGGCUGCUUCACUCAGUACUUCUUUGCCAUCUUCUUCGGAGCCACUGAAUUCUGCCUUCUGACUGCCAUGUCCUAUGACCGCUAUGUGGCCAUCUGCAAGCCCCUGCACUACACCACCAUCAUGAGCAACAGGGUGUGCACCCUGCUGGUCGUCUGCUCUUGGCUGAGUGGGUUCCUAAUCAUCUUAGUCCCAAUCAUCUUGACCAGUCAGCUGGAUUUCUGUGCAUCCAAUGUACUCAAUCAUUAUUGCUGUGACUAUGGGCCCCUCAUAGAAAUAGCUUGCUCAGACACAAGGCUGCUGGAACUCUUUGACUUUGUCUUAGCAGUCGUGACCCUGAUAGUCACCCUGCUGCUGGUGAUUCUCUCCUACACUCGCAUCAUCAGGACCAUUCUGAAGAUCCCUUCUGCACAGCAGAGGAAGAAGGCCUUUUCUACAUGUUCUUCCCACAUGAUUGUCAUCUCCCUCUCUUAUGGAAGCUGCAUUUUCAUGUACAUAAAGCCUUCAGCAUCAGAAGGAGUUGCCUUCAAUAAAGGUGUGGGUGUGCUCAAUACCUCAGUUGCCCCUUUACUGAACCCGUUUAUUUACACGCUAAGGAAUAAGCAGGUCAAACAAGCUUUCAAUGAUGUGGUCAGAAAAUUAGUGCAUCUUUAUUCAUUUUAG